UAAAGGAGAGAGGCUUCUACAAUACACCUGUCCUCUGGUCACCUCUGCAGCAGAACAGACAAAAUGACACAGGAUUAUUUUGGGUUGUCCUUAGUUAGAAGUGUGCCUAACAAUGGCACCACGGCUCUCAACAACCCGGCGGAUAUCUCCGUCAUUGUGAUCUACUUUUUGGUUGUCCUGGCAGUCGGAGUAUGGGCUAUGGUGAGCACAAACCGAGCCACCGUAGGUGGAUUCUUCCUCGCAGGAAGAAGCAUGGUGUGGUGGCCAAUUGGGGCAUCCCUCUUUGCGAGCAACAUUGGCAGUGGGCAUUUUGUUGGCAUCGCAGGGACUGCGGCUGCAGGUGGAGUUGCCAUUGGCGGAUUCGAAUGGAAUGCCCUUGUGGUGGUGGUCAUUCUUGGAUGGCUCUUUGUUCCCAUUUACAUCAAAGCUGGGGUGGUGACCAUGCCAGAGUACUUGAGGAAGCGGUUCGGAGGCCAGCGCAUCCGCAUCUAUCUCUCAGUGCUCUCACUCUUCCUCUAUGUCUUCACUAAGAUCUCAGCAGAUAUGUUUUCUGGAGCCAUCUUUAUUAACCAGGCUCUGGGGCUUAACAUCUACCUUGCUGUGGUUCUCCUGCUAAGUAUCACUGCUCUAUACACCGUCACAGGUGGACUGGCUGCAGUGAUCUACACAGACACAUUGCAGACCAUCAUCAUGGUCGUGGGAUCUUUCAUCCUCAUGGGUUAUGCCUUCAAUGAGGUGGGAGGUUAUGAGAACUUCCAGACGCGCUACAUGGAGGCCAUACCCACUCUGACUGGGGUCAACAUCAGUGAGAGCUGCUACACCCCUCGGCCUGACUCCUUCCACAUCUUCAGGGACGCGGUGACAGGGGACCUGCCCUGGCCAGGCCUGGUGUUUGGCCUCACUGUCCAGGCCACCUGGUACUGGUGCACUGAUCAGGUGAUUGUCCAGCGCUGUCUAUCUGCCAAGAAUCUUUCCCAUGUCAAGGCUGGCUGUAUCCUGUGUGGCUACCUGAAGCUGCUGCCCAUGUUCCUCAUGGUCUUCCCUGGCAUGAUCAGCCGAAUCCUCUACCCAGACGAGGUGGCGUGCGUGGAACCAGAGGAGUGUCUGAGGUACUGUGGGGCCAGUGUUGGCUGCACCAACAUUGCUUAUCCCAAACUGGUGGUGGACCUCAUGCCAAAUGGUCUGCGAGGCCUGAUGCUGUCGGUGAUGAUGGCGUCUCUGAUGAGCUCCCUGACCUCCAUCUUCAACAGUGCCAGCACCCUGUUCACGAUGGACAUUUACACCAAGAUACGCAGCUCCGCCUCCGAGAAGGAACUCAUGAUCGCUGGGAGGGUGUUUAUCCUGGUUCUGAUCGGGGUGAGUAUAGCGUGGAUCCCUGUGGUCCAGUCUGCUCAGAGCGGCCAGCUCUUUGACUACAUCCAGUCCAUCACCAGCUACCUGACCCCGCCCAUCGCCGCCACCUUCAUGCUCGCCAUCUUCUGUAAGCGCAUCAAUGAGCCGGGUGUGUUCUAUGGCCUUACGAUAGGCCUGGCUAUUGGCUUAACCAGGAUGAUCAGUGAGUUUGCCUAUGGGACAGGAAGCUGUGUGACCCCCACUAACUGUCCAGUGAUCAUCUGUGGGGUCCACUACCUCUACUUCUCCAUUAUUCUGUUCUGUAUCUCCUGCCUGCUGAUAGUCAGCAUCUCCCUCAUGACCAAACCCAUCGACGACAAACAUUUGCACCGCUUGUGCUGGCAGCUGAGGAACAGCACAGAGGAGAGGGUGGAUCUGGAGCUAGACAAUUGGAAAGAAAAUCAAGAACCUACCUUUGUGGAUAUUGAAGAGCCCACAGAGGAGCCAGGCUGUUUUAAGAAGGCAGUGUUGAGCUUCUGUGGCUUGGAGAAAUCGAAUGCUCCCAAGCUGAGUGCUGAGGAGCAGGCUGAGCUGCAGAGGAAACUCACAGAUACCUCAGAGAAACCCCUGUGGAGGAACGUGGUCAAUGCCAACGCCAUCAUCCUCCUGUGCGUCUGUGUUUUCUUGCACGGCUUCUACGGUUAAACAUCUCCUCAUACUGGACCUCCACUGCCCUGGACUGUCUAACCAUAAACUUGAGUAGCCUCCUCUUUCAACCCUGAAAUCGCCCCAGACUCACACGCCCACAAUGCACUGUAAAUUGCCACCUCUCUUACACUCCCUCCCUCUAUCCAUCAUCUGUACAGGUCGCUCUUAACCUCUUAACUCUGUAAUCUCCACACCCCCGCCACGUGGCUAAUGCUACGAACGCCUUACCUAGCUCCAUACCUGAACGACUGGCCUAGCUCCAUACCUGAACGACUGGCCUAGCUCCAUACCUGAACGACUGGCCUAGCUCCAUACCUGAACGACUGGCCUAGCUCCAUACCUGAACGACUGGCCUAGCUCCAUACCUGGACGACUGGCCUAGCUCCAUACCUGGACGACUGGCCUAGCUCCAUACCUGAACGACUGGCCUAGCUCCAUACCUGAACGACUGGCCUAGCUCCAUACCUGGACGACUGGCCUAGCUCCAUACCUGGACGACUGGCCUAGCUCCAUACCUGAACGACUGGCCUAGCUCCAUACCUGAACGACUGGCCUAGCUCCAUACCUGAACGACUGGCCUAGCUCCAUACCUGAGCGACUGGCCUAGCUCCAUACCUGAACGUUCACUUUGAACUUUCUGCCCUUCUUGAAGUUACUUUAGUUUGUUAUAUUACAAACACCAGGUGGGGCUGCAGUAGGAAUAAACUUGCAUAAUUUAAGAUUUGAGGAGUAUCAUUACCAAGAUAACACUGUACAGCCAGUGGAUUUUAAGGCAUUGACACAUCAAAUGUUGUUGGCAAUAAGAGGAAAAAAGCCAAUACAACACAUAUACCUAUUGAACACGUAUGACAUGUAUCUGGUAGCUUUCUUUUACUGAAUUAAUAAAGUAUUCUACCUUAGUUCGAAAAAGGUUGAGAACUACCCUAUUUUUCAGAGAUGAGGGAUGGACUCACAAACUCAUUAUCACACAUUCAAUCUCUGACUGACUACGGUGAAUGGAGCCUGGCGAUCAAAGGUCAAAAGUGGUGCCAUGUUUCCUCUUUCCUCUAGCUGUCAUUUUGCUUUGCUAUGUGUUAAUGAAUGAUAUCUCAAAGAUGGAAGGAGCAGUACAUUUCCUCAUGGUACUGGAGUAAUAACCCACUUCACUCACGCACGCACGCACGCACGCACGCACGCACACACACCCACACACACCCCCGAGCCAUGCUUUUCUUUACUGCCCCCUGCCUGUCAUAACAGUAAGUGCAUCUGGAGGACCAAGAAUGUAAAAUAUCACAGCCACAUGGGGUGGUUUACACUCUUUUGGUGUAUGGGCUCUAUUCAAUCCGCAUCGUGGACGUUCAUUUUAACAGCGUGAUUGAAAUUUAAAGGAAAUGUUCCCGCAUUAGAACAGACUGCAUUCACAGUGAACCGUUGCAUAUGUCCGUUCAAUCAGAAAUGACCUUUACAUUUCUAUCACACAAUCUGAAACGCUUCAACUGUACAGAUUGAAUAGAGCCCUAAGUAUACCUGUUACAAGUAGUGUACCCUAACCCUAGAAUGGUAUUAGGGUUGUUCCAUGUCAUUUCAGCAAGCCAUGACACCCACCCUCGCAGAUUGUUCUAAAAUGGUUUCUGCAGUUAGAAACAGAUUAUUUUGUUGAAAGACAAUUUGAACUCUAUGGAUUGCACCCAAAUUGGCCAUUUUAAUUUAUAGGAUUCAUAUAAUAUUGAAUAAAUAUAGCACCCAACAUCCGAUUUGGACCAAACCUCUUCCUAACAUUGAUUGAAGGUAGACUCAGCGAUAUGACGUAGAUGCAGAAAGUAAACAGCAUAGUGUGUCAAUUUCUGCAACAAUUGAAGCGUGAGGCUCAACUUCUCCGCUGUUCUGGUGCCCUGGCUACGACGCUGUGAACAGCGUGACGCGAACCCGUGCACGUGAGCAGAUACUGUGUGUGACUAUGUGAGAGCGAAGUCUUGCAUCUUGCUCAUCUCAAUAUCUCCGGUGCCGCUCGUGGCAACAUGAUUUUGCUGAGUGUACCUUUAAGACAUGAGGAUUCCAAAUAAAUGCUCAAAAGCCACCAACGGACGCCCCAAACCCCACACCAAGCCCACCCCAACGCACAGUAGACCUAAACAGUUUCAGAUUUCUAUGUCUGACAAAUAGUAUGACGCUGCGGCCUGGAGUAUUCAGAGGAAUUAGUCACUGAAGUCACUUGCCUUAUAUUGCAUCUAACCCUAACCCUAGAAUGGUAUUAUAGUGUCCUACAGCUGUAAUGCUGAGCGCAACCAUAACCCUUCAACAUCAAGUGUGCUAUAGUGAGAUUUUGGAUUGAAUCCUGGCGUAAUUGUAAAAGAACACAGAAAACUCUGCCUGUUGGUGCUAUCCCAUGUUGGUGCUAUCCCAGUCCCUCUAACACACUGCCAUCUUAGAAGCAUCUGUCUCUCGUCUCAA